GCUUUGAGAAAUGCCCUCCAUACCGGGAGUUUGCAACCGGCAGGGCUUGGGGAGAUGGCUGGAGAGGGCUUGGGACGAGUGGACGAGCCGACCCCUGAAACCGGGACGAGAGGAGACAAAGAUGUGAAAGCGGCUCCCAUUCCUGACGAUCUGCUGAACCUGGACACUGCCAACCUUUUUGACAAGACUCGCACGAUUCAGGGCGAGGUGGUGCGCAGUUGCCGCAAGGGUGCCAAGCAGGUUGCCACUGUGGGACCGGCUUCCAGCAGUAUGGAAAUGUUGGAGAAGCUCUUCCUUUGCGGAGUUGACGUCUUUCGGCUCAACUUUUCGCACGGCGAGCAUGAAGAGAAGCUGGAUCUCAUCGACAAGAUCCGUGACAUUGAGGACAAGUACAGGCAUCCCAUCGCCAUUCUGGGGGACUUGCAGGGUCCGAAACAGCGCUGUGGCAAGUUCGAGGAUCCCGAUGGCGUGGAGCUGAAGCUCGGCCAGCUUUUUCGUUUCGACAUGGACCCCGCGCUGGGCAACGAGAAGCGGGUCCAGCUGCCCCACCCCGAGAUUCUGGAGGCUCUGGAGCCUGGCAAGGAUCAGCGCCUCUUGCUGGAUGAUGGCAAGAUCCGGAUGAAGGUGGUUCGCAAGGGCUACCUCGUGGAUGGCCAGGAAGUCGAGCAGGAAGCAGCUGGAGCCACACCUUUCGUGGAAUGCGAGGUCACCGUCCCCGGCCACCUUGGAGCCCGGAAGGGUGUGAACACGCCGGACGUCAUCCUGAACAUGUCUCCAAUAACCCCCAAG